GCCCAUUGAGGAGCUGCCGGGGCCGCUGCGGGCGGGGAAGGGGCAGCCGCGCCGGGGCAGCCCCGCGCCGCGGACACGCUAAUUGGAUUCCAUUCACCCGGGGCGGAGGAAAAGGGCUCGGGCUGCAGCGGCGAUUAGGCAGGUUCAUUCAGGGAUUCAUUGAUAAAAAAAAAAAAAAAAGAAGAGAGGGCAGGCUGACUGCGCGCACACAUAUACACACGCACACACGCCGGGAGCGGGGCUGCUUCUCCCUCCCCGUGGCUCCACCGCCGCCCGGCGCGGGGGAGGUGUCGCGGGGGGGCUGCGUGAUUCAUUUUCCUGGGGCGGAGGGGGAUAAGUUGUGCCGAGUUGGAAGGGGGACAGCCCGCCCUCCUUCCCAGCCAGCCGCAUGCCCUUGUGAGAGAGAGAGAGAGGGGCGCUUCCAGAGCACGGCUCCGCUUCCCCCCCCAGUCCUUCCUCAUGCUCAUAGAUACGUUCAGACCCGUCCCUUUCGCGUCGGAAAUGGCGAUUAGUAAAUCCGUGGCGUGGCUGAACGAGCAGCUGGAGAUGGGCAACGAGCGGCUGCUGCUGAUGGACUGCCGGCCCCAGGAGUUGUACGAGUCGUCCCACAUCGAAUCGGCCAUCAACGUGGCCAUCCCAGGCAUCAUGCUGCGGCGGCUGCAGAAGGGCAACCUGCCCCUGCGCUCCCUGGUCUCCAGCAGCAGCGAGGAGGACCGCGAGCGCUUCGCCCGCCGGUGCGGCACCGACACGGUGGUGCUGUACGACGAGCACAGCCGCGACUGGAACGAGAACACGGGCGGCGAGUCCGUGCUGGGGCUGCUCCUCAAGCGCCUCAAAGACGAAGGCUGCAAGGCGUUUUAUCUGGAAGGUGGUUUCAGCAAGUUCCAGGCCGAGUUCGCCCUCCACUGCGAAACUAACCUAGACAGUUCGUGUAGCAGCAGCUCUCCUCCUUUGCCAGUCCUGGGCUUGGGAGGCCUUCGAAUCAGCUCCGAUUCCUCAUCAGACAUUGAAUCUGACAUUGACAGAGACCCCAAUAGUGCCACUGACUCCGAUGGCAGCCCUCUCUCCAACAACCAGCCUUCCUUCCCGGUGGAGAUUUUACCCUACCUCUACUUAGGCUGUGCCAAGGACUCCACUAAUCUGGACGUUUUAGAAGAGUUUGGCAUUAAAUACAUCUUGAACGUUACCCCCAACCUGCCUAAUCUCUUUGAAAACGCCGGCGAAUUCAAGUACAAGCAGAUCCCGAUCUCAGACCACUGGAGCCAAAAUCUGUCUCAGUUCUUUCCCGAGGCCAUCUCCUUUAUAGAUGAAGCACGGGGGAAGAACUGUGGCGUCCUGGUGCAUUGCUUAGCAGGGAUCAGCCGCUCGGUCACAGUGACAGUGGCCUACCUCAUGCAGAAGCUCAACUUGUCCAUGAACGACGCCUACGAUAUCGUCAAGAUGAAGAAGUCAAACAUUUCGCCCAACUUCAACUUCAUGGGUCAGUUGCUGGACUUUGAGCGGACUCUGGGGCUAAGCAGCCCCUGUGACAAUAGAGUGCCCAACCAGCAGCUAUACUUCACCACUCCUUCCAACCAGAACGUCUUCCAGGUGGAUUCUCUGCAGUCCACGUGAGCUCCUACCGCCUCCCUUCUCCUGUCCGUUUCAUGGGAUCACUCCUCAAUGGCAUCUCUUUGGCAGUGAUAAAGAAAGACGCAGCUUUCUCAUUUUCUGGCCUCUGCUGUUGAAAAGCAGCUGCCAGUGCAGUCUGGGAAAGGUUACACAGGAUGGAAUCGGCUAUUGUGAAGGGAGGGAACGUGGUGACCAGAUGGCAAGUGGGCAAGUGCGCUCAGUUCUGCUGUGACUGGGUCCGAGGACUUCCAUGGGGGUAGGGCAAGGCUGGACAGGCUGAGCACGUGUUCUCUAGAGACUGGAACUGUCCUGCUCCCCUCUCUGGUUUCGGAUCUGUGACACAUCUUUGUCUUCAGUGAAGACUCGUUAUUUUUGUUUGUUUGUUUGUUUUAAUUUAGAGGAGCCAAAGAAAGAGAUUUCAGCUUAGUGUUGGGAGUACUUGUUUGCCAAGAGCUUGGUAGUGUUCUGCUUGAUCAAUGUAAAUAUUUAAUCUUAAAUUGAUUUGCAAUUUUUGAGUUCACAUGUAUUCAAGAAAUCAAUCCAAGGGACAUCAGUAUUUUUUUCUCUUCAUAAAUUCUGCUUUGGUUUUUGUUUUCUCUUUUUUUUUUUUUUUUUUUUUAAUUGCAAAGGAUGUAUUUGCAGCAUGCUUAAAUUUUAUUGUUCAACUGAAGCAAGAUUUCCAUGAGGGAGAAAUGGCAAUGGUAAGAAGUUUGCAAAUCAAGUUUUGUGAGCAAGUACAGUCUCUUCUUUCAUAUAUCUUUUUUCCUUGUGGUGAUUUUUUUUUUCCUCACGAUCUUAAUGUAGUUUCCACAUGAUAUAUAUAUAUAUUUUAAAUUAAAUUAAUUUCUUGCCUUACCUUUUGUAAAUACGUCAUCUGGGAGGAGGUUUGUCUUUGAACACAGAAGAUUUUUGAUCACUUUUUAAAAACUUUCAGAUGUGCUAAACAGUGCAUUACCUCUGUACAAAUUCUUCAGGGAGCUUCACCUCAAAUGCAAUAUUUUGCGUCUUUUUUUUGUAUAAAACUGGAAGUAUGUGUGAGCAUUUGUACCUGUGUACGCACAGUGAACCUGCACAUGGUUGCCAAUAAGGGAGAGUCUAAUUCACAGUGUAAAAGUUUUAAGAUGGAAUUUAUUAUAAGAAUGUAAAACCUUAAAUUAUUAAUAAAUAACUAUUUUUGGCUAUUGAGAACCUGGCUGUUUUAUUCCCCCUUUCCCCUCUGUGUGGGUGUGGUUAAUUGCACAUACACAUAUGGUUAUG